UCUUCCGACAGAUAUUCGUUAAAGGCGUAUUUAAAGCCCUGGCUUCAGCAGAGAGCCUCAAGCGACAAAAACAAAGCUGCAGCCGAGCGGAGCGGCGGUCCGAGCCCACAGCGGACACAGACACGGAGCCAGAGGCUGACACGACCCGGCGAGGUACGACUGCAGGGCUUUACGUUUGCAGCCUGGACCAAAGAAGCACGUCUCAGAGACAUUUAUGAAGCUUUCGGAGUCAAUUGAUUGAUCAGCCAAUCGAUGGGGAUUUUCACAGGAGCUCCGCCCACCAUUGCCACCUGCCCUCCACCUCCUCCCCCCGCCUGCAGCGACCUGUUGCUCGCCCCCACCCACACGAUCAUCCAGCCCUCCAUCCAGCCUCCAAUACACAAAAUGACUCUGGAACUCACUGAGUGGUCUUCUAUAUGGAUUUUUACUGCUUGUAAUAGACAGUAAGAAGGCAAAAAAAAAAAAAACAGAGGGAAACCUCAAUGACAGAAAAGCCAUAAACACCCCUACAUACACUCACACACAUACAUACACUCACAAACACACACACAUACAUGCAAACACUUGAAUACAAACAAAACAAAUUUAAAGGAGUUUUACAUUCUUCAUCUCUCACACACACAAAGGAGCAAAUGCACAAAGUCGCUCUUGGAAUGUACCWCUCACUGUUCCUGUGAAAAUCAACGGCUGACCUAAUAUUUUUGAGAUUUUCUACAAGCCGUUGGAAAGCUGAUUUACUUUUUGGUUUCUAACCUGUGGGUGGAAAACAAGAAGGGUUUGAUUUGAAUUUGAAGUGGGUUUUUUGAAGGACAACUUGUUUGGAGGACGACUCAUUGCUGAUUUUUUUUUCUUUUUAGAAAAUUAAAAAUUUUAGAUCUGUGUUAGAUCUGUUGAUAGAUUCUUCAGUAUUUAAAAUUUUACAGGAAGAGUUAUAUUUCUCGUCUUGCUGAGACAGUUUUACGUUUUUACUCUAGUGUUUUUAAGAUUUAUUGAACGUAGACUUUAAAGAUAGAAUAAUCAAAUAGCCAGUUGGUUGAAUCCACUGGUUACGGUUGGUAGCUUGAAAAGGUUUUAUUGAAGUAGCUGCGAGUAACUUGACAAAAAAAACAAAUACUUUGAAGAAAGAAAGCGGUGGUUUACUUUGAUAGUUUGACAUUCAGGGCUUUUUGUGUUGAAGGGGGUGUGCUUGUUUUCUGUUGCUUGCAUGCCCUCCACCAUGCCUCCCCAGAACACGGAGGCUGACGCUAUGCAAGUCGGAGCUCUGGUUGGCGAGAUUGUCACCAGAAAAUCCACAGCAUCGGGCCCAGAGGAAGAGAACGGGGCAGAGGGCGGCGAGGCAGAAGGAUUGGAGGGCGGAGGAGGAGGAGACGGCGGGCGGAGAGGGGAAGAGUCGGCGAGCGAAGGAUCCAUCGAAGGAAUCCCUUUGAAGAGAUGGGUGAUGCACGGCGCGGUGAUGUUCGGCCGAGAGUUCUGCUACGCCAUGGAGACGGCGCUGGUGACACCUGUGCUGCUGCAGAUAGGUCUUCCAGAGCAGUACUACAGUUUGACCUGGUUCCUCAGUCCGGUUCUUGGCCUCAUCUUCACCCCCCUGAUUGGCUCGGCCAGCGACCGCUGCACUCUGCGCUGGGGCAGGAGGAGGCCGUUCAUCCUGGCUCUCUGCAUUGGAACACUGAUAGGAGUGGCGCUCUUUCUAAAUGGAUCAUUGAUAGGUCUGUCGUUGGGUGAUGAGCAGGGGAGACGACCAAUAGGAAUCGUCCUCACUGUGCUGGGCGUUGUGGUGCUGGACUUCUGCGCAGAUGCCACAGAGGGUCCAAUUCGGGCGUACUUGCUGGAUGUGGCGGACACAGAGGAACAAGACAUGGCGCUCAACAUCCACGCCGCCUCUGCAGGUCUUGGAGGUGCAGUGGGCUACGCUCUCGGAGGUCUGGACUGGAUGCACACGUUCCUCGGAGCAGUGUUCCAGUCCCAGGAGCAGAUCUUGUUCAUCUUUGCGGCCAUCCUCUUCUCCAUCUCUGUGGUGCUCCAUCUCUUCAGUAUUGAGGAGCAGCAAUACUCACCACAAAGUGACCGGCUCGACCAGGCAAGUUCAAACUCCACCCAUCUGCAACAAUCAGCCAAUGGCAGGGCUGGACUUCUUGCCCCAAAACUGGAAAUGAUUGGAGAAGAUGAUGCUAUAGAAACAUACGACCUCUAUGAUCCCUAUGGAGACAAUCACUCAGAGAAUGGAGACAUGGACUUCCUGGAGGUGGAACUAGUGAGAAGUAAAAGUGACAGCGUUCUUGCCAUGGCUGACGCAACCCUCGACCACAUGGACCACGACACCUUGUUCUUGUGCCACCUGGAGCCGUCCAUCUUCGCCGAGCACAUCUCCCCCUAUCACGGCACUCCCUCCAGGACCGGCUCCUUCUUCAGCCCGAAUCACAGCGGCUCCCGUCCACGACUCACCAGCUUCAGGCGCAGCAGCAGCGCGGGGAGCGAAGACUUGCUCCGCGCGCACAGCGUCGGCCAUCACAACCCCAGCCCCAGGAUUUCCCGCCUCUCGGCCUUCUUACAGGAGAUGGAGAAUGACGACGGGCAGGAGGCGCUGCUGAACAACCAGCUGAAUGAGCAGCGGAUUCUGAACGGGCGGCUGUUAGCCAGCGUACCUAACCCUGAUAGAGAAGGCUUGAACGGGCUGAGCUCUAAAGGACAGGCACACCGGGCUGGGAUGGUCAAAGCUGCCAGUACUGGAGCUCCCAUGCGUCAGUCACGCCACCGUCACACCUUCUACCGCCAGCCGUCCUGCACCUUCUCCUACUACGGGCGGGUAGGAAGCCAUCGUUACCGCUACCGCCGAGCAAACGCCGCCUUCCUCAUCAAGCCGUCUCGCAGCAUGAACGACCUGUACGAAGUGGAGGCCCGACACAGGAGGAGGAACAAACAGAGAACCAGAAACCGCAGCGGGAAUACCAACUCCUCCAGCGGGGACACGGAGAGUGAGGAGGGCGAGGUUGAGACCACUGUUCGGCUGCUGUGGCUCUCCAUGCUGAAGAUGCCACCGGAGCUGCUUCGUCUGUGCGCCUGCCACCUUCUGACAUGGUUCUCCAUCAUAGCACAGGCCGUCUUCUUCACCGAUUUUAUGGGACAAGUCAUCUACAAUGGAGAUCCUACUGCUCUUACCAACUCAACCUCAUUGGAUAAUUAUCACAAAGGAGUUCAAAUGGGAUGCUGGGGCUUGGUUAUAUAUGCUAUGACCUCAGCUACAUGCUCAGCUGUUCUUCAGAAGUAUCUGGACAACUUUGACCUGAGCAUUAAAGUUAUUUACAUCCUGGGAACACUCGGAUUCUCAAUAGGAACUGCUGUCAUGGCUAUCUUCCCUAAUGUAUACGUGGCCAUGGUAAUGAUCAGCACCAUGGGGAUCAUCUGCAUGAGUAUCUCCUACUGUCCUUAUGCUCUGCUUGGACAAUAUCAYGAAAUGAAAGAGUACGUUCAGCACAGUCCUGGUAACUCCCGCAGAGGAUUUGGUAUCGACUGUGCCAUCCUAUCAUGUCAGGUGUACAUCAGUCAGAUACUGGUGGCCUCAGCUCUGGGUGCUGUGGUGAAGGCUGUUGGCAGCGUUCGAGUCAUUCCCAUGGUGGCCUCUGGGGGCUCCCUUCUCGGGUUUUUCACUGCCUGUUUCUUGGUUAUUUACCCGACGCCGAACAAUGGAGAUAAGGACUCCAAAGCGUCGGAGAAACAGACCUUGACGAUGCUGGAAAAUCCCAGCAUCAACGAAGGGGCGGUCACCGUGGUGGUAGAGAAACCCAGCUUCCUGACGCUCACCAAGGAGGGCAAAACCACCGCCGCCACCACUUCCUGUCAACUGGAAAACGAGUCUGCUCUGUGAUUUGGUCCGAGUUCCUGCAGAAACGACUGAACCGACCGUUGAACUGAUUCCUGGAUGGGACUUCUUUGUGCCUCCAUCUGAACUUUUUAUUUUUAUUUUAUCAUCAGCUUGCUCUGGAGCCAGACUCGAGUCAGACCAACUUAUCAAUCAGAAAUCCUCCAGGUCGCAGUGCUUCCUCAGCCAUAAGCAAAACUCCCACCCUCCUAGCCCACACGGACCUUCAAACGACCCAUCAGGAAGGUGAAAUGUGUUUGUUCGUUUAAGAAAAAAGGUUGCAUCUGUCUCUCAGGGCUUUAAGGAGGUGCUUUUGGAAUCCUCACUUGCACUCUUCAUCUUUAGCGAACCGUCAAAUAAACACCUGACCUACAGUACGAGCACUGCUGAUGAACGUUAUUCUUUAAAGCUGCAAUCAUUUAAAAAGAAAAAAAAAAUGCUGAAAAUCGUUCUUCCUCACCCUGGAGUUGACUUGAUUGACCUUCGUCUUAUUGAAGCUGAUGAUGCUAACCUGGAGACACCAAAAGAACCGGGACAACAAACUCAGCUCUGCAGGACUUUUCCAGCUUCUCGACACUAGCUUUAAGACUCUAAAGACUUUUGGAAGAAGCAUUUGUGAGCUCAAAGCCUGGUUUCUGAUGGGGGGAAAUUAUCUAUUUUGUGUGCCCCAAGCUGAAUGCUAAUAUUUUGCUUUCUUCCAUGUGGCAGGAGUGUGUUUUUAUCUUCACUGCAUGGCAAAUAUGAUAUAGAUCGUAUGAUCUGCUCAGAAAUAUAGAGUGUGAGCAUAAAGCUAAUAUGUUGGAAGUGAACGCCACACUUGCUGGGUAAAAUUUCCACAUAAAGAAAGAGCAAGGUGCAAUGUCUGCAGUACAAGGGGCAUUACAAUCCCAAUAUUGUUUUUUAUGUUCKGACUAAUCCUCACUAACCUACAUGCUGCAUGUUAGAAAAGCAGAGAAGACACAAACCGAGCUUUAUUUGCUUUUAACAAUGCUGUCGGCACAAUGUUUGUCCUUAAAACGGCUCGUGGGAUCGAGCCGCCGUUGCGAAGUGCGUUACAGGGUUCAGAAAGGAAAGCGUUUACUUUAGGUUGCCUUUUUGCAGUUUGGAGUUUGAUUUGUUUGAGGAGGAGGUCAGCAGGAUGGAGUUACCGGACACYGUUUCUUCCAGUAAAACGACACCAGAGAUUGUGUUGAGCUUCUGUUUUGUGACUCGUUUUCUCAAGCAGCGGUCUGAGCUUCUAGUCGUGUUUUUGUCUUGUUUCAGUCCAAUGGGCCAAAUGAAAUCUGAUCAGUAAAAAGGAGAGCAGAWGACUUUACUGUUCUGUAUGGGUGUUUGUUGGAGAAAAGAGGGAGUUGUGAAUUUAGAGGAGAAAAGCGCUUAUUGUUGCUGAGAGUUAAAAAAGUCACAUUUCUCAGAUGCCGUGAUUAAGUUUUUGUAUAGCAGGAUUUAAUUUUUUUUAUUUGUAAGUUUGGACAUUCACAUUUUAACUUCAAUCCAAGUUCCUUUAAAGCGCAGCUGGUUGUCACCACGCUCGGCUUUGUUCUGGCCGCAGCUCACCAAACAGUCGCCAGUUCGGAUUAAACUUCGGGUCUGAAUGUGGGCCAGUUUGUGUUGAUGACUGGCAAGUGUAGCAACAGUUGGAUUGUGGUGUGGCUCGAGUUGGACUGAGAGAUUGACCUGGUUUGUUAUUGGCUUUUUUUAAGGAUUUUCUGUGACUUUAAAACAGGAAACAGUAUCAGCUGCUGGGGGUUAGCAGCUGCAGAAGUAGCAUAAGUGUGGAUGGGGAAGUGAAAUUGCUGAGUUUAACUUCACUUAAACCAGUUCCUUCUAUGUUUUAGGUAAAAUCGAUAAGCUGAAGAGUUUUUUAUGGAUUGAUUCCACUCUAGUCUUGGUGAUGCUAAGACCAAAACGAGCAAAUUAUAGCAAAUGAGUUUGGAUGAGAUCGUUCUGAGCCRUGAGGACGAUAAAUUGUGUGGAUUGAAUAAAAGGACACAAGUGGAGUUCAAGGACAAACAUAAAAAAGGGGAGGUUUGCAUGAAGCAAUACGCAUGAGUGAAACGCCAAAGUGUAGCUCUGCACAAACCGCUCGAGCUCUUCGUUUUCCCAGCAGGUCAGGGAUGUAUUUCCCAAUGCAUGGCCAGAUGUCUGUGUCUUUUUUCUUCUUCUUCUUUUGUUUCUUUCUGUUUUAGGACUUUAAAUCUUUAAAUGUGUGAAAACAUCUUUAAGCUAAAGCCUUGUGCUCGGUCAGUAAAGAAGCAUGUGAGAUUUUCCUGUUUUGCACAAGCAGCRUUUAUUUCGACAUCAAUGUCCCAAGCCUUUGAAGCUGAAUGUUCAGAAAACACGGCCACUCGGUUUGGCCUGCCGGAAGAUUUGAGUUCUUAAUUUUUGAUUUCACCUUGUGACCUAAAAUGUUGUUUUCCAUUUUAAAAAAAAGUAAUGAAUGUGAGUUGAUUUCAACUAAAAUCAUUCUUGUUUUAAUGUUUGAGCCAGAAGCAUCCUGAUGUUGCACAGAACUUGCACACAAUUUAGCAGUUUUUUUUUAAUGGCAGCAACUAAAAUCAGUGGAGUUGUGUUGCAAAAGAAAGAUAGAGCUGUGCAUAUUUAUUUUUUGAGCUUGUGUCUGUACAGGACAUUUAAUUUCCAAAAGAUGAAAGUUUUUUAUUUGCUGUUGUGGGAGAAGUUACAGAGUAAACUGGACUGUGUGUGGGACAGAUGGUGUGAAAGACGGGUGUUUUUUUUUCUUUAAAAAGGUCAUCUCAGUGUUUAUUCUGGUUCUUAUUUUCUGUUUGUCUGGUUUAUACUUAAUGCUGGAAACAUCAGCUUUAAUACUGAGUGUUUUUUUUUUACUUUGUCUUUAACUUCUAGGCUGAGCCACUCACCAGAGUUUAAUCUUUGCACUUUUUUCCCCCUGUAGCCGCCGUGUUUGAUUCCACCGUCCCGAUCACUGAACGAAUGCUGAAAUGCAACAUUUUUUCCCCCUUGUUUUUGGUUGUUUGAUGGUGAAAACAGAACAGCCAUACAGUCAGUCCAACCUGUCUGAGCUCUGUCUGUCUGGCUCUGCCUCUAGUGCUUUGUGUGGUAACGGCGAAGGAGAGAGAUGCCUAUAAACUUUGAUUUUCUUGGAGUAAAUCAAGACUAUUUAAAGAAUGGGAAAGCAAAGUAUACACAGUGUAUUAUAUAUAACAUGCCUUGUUAUUUGAAAGACCUAAUUACAUAUUUUUUUCUUUUAGUUUCUUCUUUUUUUGCUGCUAUAAAAGAAAGAUGAUUAUUUUUGUUAGUAGUUCUGUUUUCUAUAUAAAGUCUGUAUAUUUCUCUCUGUUACAUAAAUAAUGCUUGAGUCUCCGUGAGCAGGAGUCUGGAUGAACACUGUAUGAACGCAACCUUAAAAUCUGUUCAAAACUCAA